CGAGUCCACGGUCUCUCCUCACCGACAACAGCUGCGCCGAGACGACAUGACUUCCUGGACGAUGUGGGUUCUGCUGGCGGUGGUCUGCACCGCGACGCUGCUGGAUGCCAUGGCAGUCAGCGAGCGCGAGAGGCGCAGUGCUGAGGAAAACAAAGAGAGCCCAGCAGCUGCUGUAGCUGAAAAUACAGAUGAGAAUAAACCUGUAAAUGGAACCGAUGAUGCUACUCAGCCAAGGGCCAGGAGGGACGCUGGCGCCGGGACGCCGGCCGACGCCCCGGGGUCCCCCGACCAGCAGCGGCGUCUAGAGACCACCCCCGAGCACCAGAGGGUCGCCCGGCAGGCGAGCGACGAGAAUUCACGAGAUACCAAAAAGGGUUCUGAUGAGAAAGAGCAAGAUAAGAAAGAAGGGGAAGAGAGUAAGAAGAAUGGCACAGAAACCGAAAAGAAAUCAGAUGGUAAACAGUAAAAGAACAACUUCAUAAAACAAAUAAUCUAAAAUGCAAUAAUUCACCACCUUAAUAAUAUAUGUAAAAGAACUAAUAAAUACAUCUCAUGUAACACGUUUGGUUGUACUGUGUGAACUCAAUAAAUUGUUGCUCGU